CACAAUCCAUCCCUGUUUUGCAACGUCGCCGUUCGCGGCUGCGCUGUGCGUUCGUUCCAUUCCGGGCCCCGUUUAGUCCUUCUGUUCUAUCUAUCUCUCUCUUUUUGCUUUUCUUAUUUUAGAGGUGUCUGACCAUGUUCUGAAGCGGCUUCUCCCGGACUCGCCUCGGAUCCGCACGGCGCAGCUCUCGGUGGAGGAACAGCCCGACCCGCUGUGCUCGAAUCAUGGCAAGUCCAAGAACGAGGAAAGUUCUCAAGGAAGUCAGAGCCCAAGAUGAGAACAAUGUCUGUUUUGAAUGCGGUGCGUUUAACCCCCAGUGGGUGAGUGUGACCUAUGGAAUCUGGAUCUGUCUGGAGUGCUCAGGAAAGCACCGAGGCCUGGGAGUCCACCUCAGUUUUGUACGUUCUGUAACUAUGGACAAAUGGAAAGAUAUUGAGCUGGAGAAAAUGAAGGCUGGAGGUAACAGGAAAUUUCGCGAGUUCUUGGAGUCUCAGGAUGACUAUGAUCCCUGCUGGUCAAUGCAAGAGAAGUACAACAGCAAAGCUGCAGCUCUUUUUAGAGAUCAAGUUGCUACCAUAGCUGAGGGCAAGGAGUGGUCCCUUGAAACUUCCCCUGCCAGGAACUGGACACCACCUCAGCCUAAAACAUCUCUCUCUUCCACUCAUCGCUCUGCUGGACCUUCUCAGAACGCAGCUGCCUCUUCUGACAAGGCUUUUGAAGACUGGCUAAACGACGAUGUCAACUCCUAUCAAGGUGGCCAAGAGAAUCGCUAUGUAGGGUUUGGAAAUACAGUAACCCCUCCAAAGAAAGAGGAUGACUUCCUGAAUAAUGCCAUGUCUUCACUAUACUCUGGAUGGAGCAGUUUUACAACUGGAGCAAGCAAGAUUGCCUCGGCUGCUAAGGAGGGGGCUACCAGGUUUGGAUCUCAAGCAAGUCAAAAGUUUUGGGGCUACAAGCAGCAGCCAGAGCCGGCAUCAGAGUUAGGUCAGACAUUAAAUGAAAAUGUUCUCAAACCCGCACAGGAAAAGGUGAAAGAGGGGAAAAUUUUUGAGGAGGUCACCGUGGGGGUAUCGCAGUUGGCCAGCAAGGUUCAGGGAGUUGGGAGUAAGGGAUGGCGAGAUGUCACCACUUUCUUUUCUGGGAAACCAGAUGAUCAUUCUGAAAGUAACAGACCAGCUGAGGGAUGCAGCUACCAGAACAGUGGAGAGGAGGGCUACCAGAACAAUGCUGUAGAUCAAAGCUUCUGGGAGACCUUUGGCAACUCAGAGCCACCGAAAGCUCAUAAAUCUCCAAGCAGUGAGAGCUGGACCUAUGUGGACAAUUCCACAGAGAAGAAGAGCUCCGAUAGCUGGGACGUGUGGGGCUCAGGAACAGUCUCCAACAACAAGAACAGUAACAGCGACAGUUGGGAAAACUGGGAGACCAACUGGGAAAACACAGGAGGGGAGAGCAAGGCCAAAAAACCUUCUAAGGCAACAAAAAAGGCAUCUUCAGCUGAUGAUAAGUGGGAUGACUGGUAGAACUGUUAACUUUGUUUUGGUGCAGCUAGGAAAGGGAGACCACACUGGCUGAUUGAGAGGAGAAAGUUUUGCACCCAUCUGGAGUAUCUUGGUUGACUUUACUGAUGUGUUACUUUCUGUGCUUUUUCCAUUUGUUUUCCUUCUGCCCCAGUCUAGGAAGAAAAAACAAGUAGUGUCUGAAUCUUUUAUUACAUGAAGAUGGUUCUCUCGUUUUUAUGGGUAGUGAGAAAUAUAUCUUCUCCUUGCACUACUGAGGCUGGGUACACUGACUUUAAGAGCGAUCUGAAAGACACGAGCACGUUUUAAUGCCAUAGUCUUGCAUGUGUAAGCUCAUAGGUAUUCAUCCAGCCUUCAUAUUAUUUGAGAUGACCAGAGAUGUUUAACACAAAUAAAGAACAGGCUGUAUCUUGAAAAGGCAGCCUUUAAACGAACAAGCUGCAGUUGAGUAGAUCCAGCUGAAAUGCCUUAUGGAUUGCUGUGACUGUACGAGGUCUGGCAAUUCAAACUGGUCUGUAAGGUACUUUUUAUUGGAGCUUUGUUUUUAAUCUUUGUGAGAUUUUUAGAUUUAUUUUCUCCCCUUAGAAUUAAUCAGGAGUCUGGAGGUAGACGAUUAUCUGUUCCCACUCAUCAUUUUGGCAGCCUGAGCUAUCAAGGGAUAUUCAGAAUGGCUCCUUGUGCACUGUGUAAAUUCUUAACCCAUCAAGCAAGAAUAGCAGCUCUCUUACACAGAUGUGAUGCAGUGCUGUCUGUCCUCCUUCUUUGCCUUUACCCUUCUCCCGCUCUAAGUAUUUUGUAGGGUCUGCUUUGUUUUAUUUUUUUAUCUUUUUUUUCUUAUACCUAUCUGUGUUAUCUAUACUGACAAAAAUGAGAUCUUCCUGCUGCUUAUGGCCUUCUGGACAUCUGUUUGGCAACUCAGCAGUGAAAUGAGUUAGUAAAAAGAUUCCAGUAAGAAAAAAUGCAUGGAAAAUAUGAGUACAUUGAGGAGAGAGUCUGGCGGUGAGUGCCUUCCAGGAUGAGUAGAUGUCUAUGUUUAAUAGUAAAACUUAGAUUAAGCAGAUGUUUUCCAAAUUAAUCUUUAAUAUGUCAAACUGUAUCUCUCUCUGUCAUGUACUUCUCCAUGUUUUCUUCCUGGAUCCUGUUAGAGGAAUACGAUUUUGGAAGCUUCAGGAACUCCUUGUCAGCAUUAAGGAAUGGGACAGAAGAUCCAGUUCUGUCUCAGUUUUGACCCUUGAAGGUGCUUCUCAUGAUACAAACCAUAAUGUAUACAAAAGACCUGUGAUCUUUUAACAGUCGAGGUGUUUGUAUUUUAGGGGGUGGAUCAUAAAUGUGCACUGCCUGAAAAUAAUCAAACUUCAAUUCAUGACAUCAUUAUAGUCUGCUUUGGUAGCAGCAUGGAGUUCAUAUGAUGGACCCUGCGGAUCUUAAUCCCUACCCAAAAAGCCUUUUAUUUUUAAAAGCAAUGAAUUGUUUGAGCAACUGAUAGACCCAAGUUACUGAAGUUACCUCAAAUGAUGUUCUUUUUUUUUUUUUUUUUCCCCUCAUCAAGGAGGAAAAAAGCUCAUCACGGAGUUUUUCCAUGCUGUAGUGGUACCAAGAAGCCCAAAAAUUACAUUCAGCAGCUAAAAAAGAAAGGGGAAAGAGGAAGGGGCCUACCAAUCGCUCCCAAAUGUAGCACUUAUUAAAGGCUUACAAUCUUUGCAAAUACCAUACAGGUAUUUGUGGCCUGUUUCUCUAUUUCUAUUAGCGUUACCUUUCAGAUAAUGAACAAAAUAUUUUCCUAGACUUCUCUAACCCUGUCCUACAGCAGUUACAUUUCUUUUUUCCCCUUUGCUGUUCAGGCAAUGCUCUGAAGCUCACACAGUGUGUGGUGCUGCUCAGUGCCCAGGUCUGGGCUGAGUCUUACCUUCUCCUUGGGGACUGGUCAGAGGAGAGGCCUUGGUUUGCAGCACUGCUGCUGGUGCUAUAGACAGAUGGUUACAGCCUUGCCUAUAGGAUUUUGUUCUACUAAUCCUAUUCCAGAUACAGCUUUAUUAUCACUCAGUUGCAUGUCAACUAGAACUGUCUCUUUAUGCAUAUACCUCUGUUGCCUAUUUGUCACCUGUCCAUGGUGCAGUACGUGGCUGUGAUGCACAUCCUUGAGGGCUACAUACCGUGGUGUAUGUGAAGGAGCACUGCUGUGCUGACAGUGUCCUUGUGACAUCUUGCAGCAGUGACAGCAAAAUGCACCUGUUGCAUUUCCUGACUGCUGGUAUCUGUCUGGAGUGAUGCAAAGCUGAAUCAGCCUCCUCUGGACAAACUUAGUAUGGUUUCUUUUCAUAAAGCUCCUGAAAUAGCUGAUAGUGGGAUAAGCUUUAUUUUAGUGUUUUCUGUUAGCAGUGCUAUGACGUGUUUGCAUACGUUCUCAGCUGUGUGCUUUGCCUAGGAGAAAACUGGUUUAUUUAUAUCUCACUUAUAGCUAUGAUUGGUAUGAGCCUUUCAUUUGCUUUUCUGGUAUUACUUCUGGAUUUUUAAGACUUUAUUUUCUACAUUAACGUAAAUGGCCAGAGCCCUGCUAAGGUUUUUGGGCAUUAAUUUUUCUUCCAGUUCAGGAGAUGACGGCAGAGCAGUGUCUUCUUUGAUGCAGCACCCAGAAGGGGGUUACUGGAAGAAACAAAAACCCAACAUCAUGACAGAAAGUGGAACAGCAACCACAAAUCUUGUGUGCUAAUUGGCUUUGGUUUGAUGGACAGGUUGGUACAGAUUCAGACAAGUCACUAAAAAAUACAUUUCAUCAUGUCUUCUGAUGGAGAGGAUGAAAUGAAGCCACUUUCCAUUGCACAGCUUCAGUUUUAUUGGACUUUUUGUUUAAGAGUGUGUGGUUCAGAAGCUUGUGCUGUUUGAAGUUAUUGUGUUAUUAGUGGAAGUUUAUUAACAUCUCCCCUCUUUUCCUCAAUUCCUCUUUUUUUUUCUCCUGAUCAUGAACCUUUUAGGUAGGUGCACAUCACUUUCGUUUCAAUCCCACACCAGUUAUUAGCAGUUCUGAGCCAUACAAGCAAACAACCAGACACUGCAGUGGUGGAUAGCAGCUUUUGUACGGCUUUAGCUUUGGAAGGCACAGAGCAGUUGGGUUCUUCCAGGUGGCCUGGAAUCAGAGAAACAUUAAGGUGUUACAGCUGAGUGCUGCUUGCCAUAAAGAGCAUUUGAGUUGGGCAUUGCUUUGAAACAUUUCAUUUGUGUUUUGGUGCCUCCUAAUAGUCACCGUGUUUUCAAGAAGUGCUUGGCCAGCUCUUCGUGUUGGCUGAGACCUGAAGGGUAACGCUGCUUUUGUUUUCCCAGGCAGACAUGUAACAUUCCAUGGGUUCAUCGUGUAUUUAUGAGUGUAAUGAUCUGUGCAAUAACUUAACAAAGUGUAGGUAAAACGUUUCUUGUUUAAUCCAGUCCAGGAUACAGUUAAAGAUACAGUGGUCUUCUUUGCAAAUAGCUGCCAGCCAACCAAGGUGUUUCAGUUCUCCCUCUACUUUGGCAGUUCUAAAUUCCAGUAAUGAUGGAUUGAGCAAUCAAUGACUUAAACAGAAAUCAAGAAUUGAGAUGAUGCCCAUCAUUGGAGUUUGAUUGUAACGGUUCAUGGUGAUCUCUCAUUAUAGAGCCCUUCUUCAUUUUUGAGGCCAGCAGAAACCUGGUCAGCCUGGAAUGCUGUAUCUUUAAUUUUCCUGAUGUGUUUCGUGUGAAGUUCACAGGAAUGGCAAUUUCAGUGAACGCUAUUCAUUGUUCUGUAGAGUGAUACCAGACUUGAACUGCAGUGUCAUCUUUUAAAGAGCAUCAUAAUAAAGCAAAGAGCUGUGGAGCAGA